AUGAAAGCCGGACAAGAAAGAAAAGUGUUGAGACUGAAGAAAGCUUUGUAUGGGUUGAAGCAGGCCCCAAGAGCCUGGAACACGAGAAUUGACAAUUACUUCAAGAAGGAUGGACUUGAACAAUGUCCGUAUGACCACGCGCUCUACAUAAAGAAGAAAGGAGGUAAAAUUCUACUUGUUGCUCUAUAUGUUGAUGAUCUGAUUUUCCUGGGUAAUGAUGAAGGAAUGAUUCAAGAUUUUAAGAAGAAAAUGACGAAGGAGUUCGAGAUGAAGGAUCUCGGUCUGAUGAGGUACUUUCUUGGUCUGGAGGUCAGACAAGAAAAAUCCGGGAUCUUCGUCUCUCAAGAAGCCUAUGCAAAAGGAAUUUUAGAGAAGUUCAAAAUGAGUGAUUGCAACCCGGUUUCAACCCCUAUGGAACCCGACGUUAAACUUUCAAGAUAUGAUGGAGGAGAAAAGGUAGAUCCGAGUGUUUAUCGUAGUCUAGUUGGAAGUCUGAGGUACUUGACAUGUACGAGACCAGAUCUAUGUCUGAGUGUUGGAAUAAUAAACCGAUUUAUGGAAGAGCCGAGCUAUACUCAUUGGAAGGCGGCAAAGAGGAUUUUAAGAUAUGUUCAAGGAACAAUUUCGCAAGGACUUCAUUAUUCAAAGUCAAACAAGUACAAGCUAACAGGCUACUCGGAUAGUGACUGGUGUGGAGAUGUGGAUGACAGGAAGAGCACGACUGGCUAUGUGUUCUUCAUGGGAAACACGACGUUUACUUGGGUGUCGAAGAAGGAACCCAUUGUGACCCUGUCUACACGUGAAGCCGAGUAUGUUGCGGCAUCUUGGUGUGUUUCCCAUGCAAUAUGGCUGAGGAAUUUACUAAGCAAGCUGGAGCAAGAGCAAGUCGUCCCAACCGAGAUUCGAGUUGACAACAGAUCAGCGAUCGAGUUAGCAAAGAACCCGGUCAAUCAUGAAAGAAGUAAGCAUAUUGAUGUCAGAUUCCAUUUCAUCCAGGAUCAAGUAAAAGAAGGAAAGGUGGAGCUCAGUCAUGUGGCAAGCCGAGAUCAAGUUGGAGAUAUUUUCACAAAGCCCCUGCCGACAUUGUUGUUUGAGAAUUGCAAGAAGAAGAUGGGAAUGAAGGACGGUAGAGAUAUUAAAGUUUAA